AUGGCGUCCCCUAAAUCGUGGUUAGAUUCCGAUUCCGGUUCCGACAUAGCAUCAGACGUCUCGUCUAUUAUUUUAAUGGACCAAGAGCCAUUUUGUACUUUUCGCUUCCGCGUUCUUGACUUCGCUCUUCAAAAGAUCUGGCCCUAUGCUACCGCUGAAGAGAUCACAGUGGAACACAUGUCGGGUGGAGAGAACCGGAUUAUCUGCAUAUCUAGACAACCUGUCGGAAAACCCGAACUCCGUGAGCGAUACGUUAUACGCACCCCUAGAUAUGAUGUUGGGCAGUUAAAUAGUCAAGUUGCUACUUUACGGUUUCUGCGCAUAUACGGCAAAAUUCCCGCCCCGUUGGUUCUUACUUUCGACAAGACAGACAAUAACAUCCUCGGUUCCAAAUAUAUUCUCCAGGAUUUCAUUCCCGGAUCUACCUUGCUAUCAUCAUACUCGGGCCUUGCCCACGAAGAACGGUGCAGGGUCGCGCGAGAGCUUGGUCGUGUCUACAACGAAUUAUUAGCUACACGUAGCGAUACCCCUGGCUUCUUAACGCUUUCUAGGGGCGGGUCGGCGUCGCUCCGGAUCGUACCAUUUGAAGGAAUUCAUAAAAGAUUUAAUAGCGAUUCGCCAAGGCCUCCAGAUGUCCACAAGUUUCUAAUCAAUGUCUUCCUUGGACGAUGGGCUGUCCUAGACGAACCAUUGCUGAGUAACAAUUCCUGGCCAAGUCUCAGGGAUAAAUUAUGCCACAUGACUUCAGAAAUGGCAGCUGAGGGUUGGUUCACGAAUUGUCACACUUCCUUAGCACAUCUCGACCUAGCACCACGCAACAUACUCGUCAAUCCGACGCCUAAUACAAAGCGACCUAUCAUCUCCGCCAUUCUCGAUUGGGACAGUGCUGUUUUUGUCCCUCAGUUCAUGUGUUGCCAGCCACCUAUGUGGCUCUGGGCUUGGAACGACGGCGGUUAUCAAGACGAGUGCCAGGCAAAUGAAAUGCCAUCAACACCAGAAGAGUGCCAGAUAAAGCAAUUAUUCGAGGAAGCUGCGGGUCCGGACUAUCUACUAUUCGCUUAUACCCCAGCCUAUCGACUUGCAAGGCGACUUGUCCGCUUCGCCAUCGAGGACAUACGGUCUAAUGAGGAAUAUAAGGAAGCCGAAAAGAUGAUAGAGGAGUGGGCAGCGAUACGCAAUAAUUCUACAGUCCACACCCCAGUCGAUGAAGAGAAUGUAUGGGAUUACGCUGAAUCCGUAGGAGCGUAAUAGGGGUGUUUCGGGUACAUGAAAAGAUAGUCCUCGGGGAAAGAUAGGAGCUCUGCUAUGGAGAAAAAUGUUUGAGGUCUGAAAAAAAAAAAAAGAUUCUGGGGUACGACGAGAUGAACCACGAGGUAGAUUGUUACAUCAUCGC